CCCUGGUUUAUAUAUAUUUUUAAACUCAAAGCGCUUUAAGAUUCUGAGAAACACGCCGUUUUGGAGAAAUUUAACUUACAAAAUAUGAAAUUUUUAUUUUCUGAAAAAAGGCUCUAGAAAGAGUAAAGCUUGUUUAUAAUCUGAUACUCGUAUAAAUAGUAUAAGAAAGACGAACUAAUAAUAACGCAAAAUCUAAGUAUAGAACAGUAAAAUCAUAUAUUUCUUCUAUAUUUAAAUGAAUGGUGAAUGGAAUUUCAUAACGUCUCGCCGUGACAGUGACAGAUCACAAACCCACCCCCAAACUUCUAUAUAAACCCAAUUCCACACACACAAACGCUUUGUCCCGUGGGUCUGUUUUCUUGUUCUCUGUUAAGCCAUGGAACCGCCAUUGCAGCAAUCGUCGCCGCCACCGCGAACCGCCACCAUCCUCGGAAAGUACCAACUAACCCGAUUCCUAGGCCGCGGCAGCUUCGCCAAGGUGUACCAGGCGCGCUCCCUCAUCGACGGCUCCACCGUCGCCGUCAAAAUCAUCGACAAGUCCAAGACCGUGGACGCCGCCAUGGAGCCCCGCAUAAUCCGCGAGAUCGACGCCAUGCGCCGACUCCACCACCACCCAAACAUUCUCAGAAUCCACGAGGUGAUGGCCACGAAGACCAAGAUACACCUCGUCGUGGAGUUCGCCGCCGGCGGAGAGCUCUUCUCCCGAGUCUACCGGCGCGGUCGGUUACCGGAGUCCACGGCGCGCCGCUACUUCCAGCAGCUAGUCUCCGCGCUCCGCUUCUGCCACCGCAACGGCGUCGCGCACCGCGAUCUCAAGCCGCAGAACCUCCUCGUCGACAGCGACGGCAACCUCAAGGUCUCUGACUUCGGCCUCUCCGCGCUCCCCGAGCAGCUCAAUAACGGCCUCCUCCACACCGCGUGCGGCACGCCGGCGUACACAGCGCCGGAGAUCCUCCGGCGCAGCGGCGGUUACGACGGGUCGAAGGCCGACGCAUGGUCCUGCGGCCUAAUCCUCUACGUGUUCCUCGCCGGUAACCUGCCGUUCGACGAAUCGAACAUUCCGGCGAUGUGCAAGAAGAUUUGCCGGCGAGAUUACCAGUUCCCGGAGUGUAUUUCGAAACCGGCACGUUUCGUGAUAUACCGGCUACUUGACCCGAACCCGGAAAGGCGAAUGAGCCUUGAGGCUCUGUUUGGGAACGCGUGGUUUAAGAAAUCGCUGAGAGAGGAAACGACGGAAGAGAGCGCGUUUGGGUGGGGUAAGGGUAGUUUCGAAGGGAAGGGUUCGGGUGUGAACGCGUUUGAUAUAAUAUCGAUGUCUUCGGGUUUGGAUUUGAGGGGAUUGUUCGAAACGGCGUCGGAUGGGGAGAAUAGGAGGGAAAAGAGGUUCACUUCGAGUGCGAAGGUAGAGGUUGUGGAGGAGAAGGUUAAGGAAGUUGGUGGGGUUUUGGGGUUUAAGGUUGAGGUUGGGAAGAAUAACAGUGCAAUUGGGUUGGUUAAAGGAAAAGUGGCUUUGGUAUUUGAGAUGUUUGAGAUUGUGCCUCAUCAACUGCUUUUGGUCGCAGUGAAGGUUGUAGAAGGUGGCUUAGAGUUUGAAGAGCUUCACUGGGGGGAUUGGAAAGCUGCGUUGCAAGACCUUGUACUUUCUUGGCACAACGAUUCGUGAUUGUCAUGUUAUGUACACUUGUACAGUGACUGAGUAGUGGUGUGAGUGGUGUUUUUUCUUCUCAUGUGAAGGAUUCAUUGCAGAAUAUGUCACAUCAUCCUGAUGAGAAGAAACCAUGAAAUGUCGACGCUUGUCUUGUGAGUCACUUUUUAUUUCGUUUCAUUUUUAGGUGUGUAGCUUAGUUGCAGUGUAUUAAUUUAUAUGUGUUCGUUUCUUUCAUCUUGAGAACAAAAGGAGAAAACUGCUGUGUACGAGAAUGGUGGGCUAAUGUUUUCUAUUGCAAAAAUUUGUGAUUGAUUAGUUGAUUGUCAUCUUCUUAGAUCCCACUCCUAUUGUCCACACUUUCCUAGUUCCAUUCCAUACCAUGUAUGAAAAUUACUGAUCAACUUUGUUAUGG